AUGAAGUACGGCGUUCAGUUGGAGCGAGAGUCGGUUCCUGGAUGGAGCUUGCACAACCUCGACUACAACUCCCUCAAGCACGAGAUCAAAGUCCACACAACGCGCGACCAAGCCACAGCCCUCGCCAUUCCCGGUCACCAAGAUACAGCCCUGCAGCGAUUCGAGGAUGCCCUGUACACCGAGCUCUGCCACCAGCACGACCGACUCGACUUGUUUGUCAUCAGCAAGGCGGACGAAGUCUCGAGACGAUUGGAACACAUCGCUGCCAGCAUUAAGCGGUUUGCCGCCAAGACCCAUCACGAGACCGGCUCGCCGAGUGCAUCCCUAAGAAACCAGCGCAAAUUCAUAAAAUACGAGCGCGAGCUGCUGCGGUUGAGGGAGGACAUACAGGCCCUAACGCGCUUUGCCAAUGCUCAGAUUGUUGCGUUUCGCAAGAUUCUCAAAAAGUAUAGAAAAUGGACCGGUUCAUCAUCGUUAAGCUCCAGGUUCAACGAAGAGGUGCUGAGCAACCCCAGGAGCUUUACGCGACGCAGCUUUGCCGACCUGCUGGAGCGGCACGACGAAAUCCAAGAGACGCUUCGCCAUGCCACCCCGGCCUUUAGUGAGCCUAGCUCGCCUUCAUCAGUCGACACGCCCGUCGCCCCUUCGAGGCACCCGUCAAGUUCGCAGCGCGUCACCUUUGAUCCUCUCCCGCCGUCCUACCUCGACCCCGAGCCGCAGCCCAAGUACUGGAACGAGUAUGACGACGGUAGCGACGCCGGCGGCCCAGACGACGAAUACGCAAUCUACGUCGAUCCCGACCAGGACUCGGGCUUCCCCGGCUUGAGCUACGCCCAGGCCAUUGUGUCGUUUCCCUUUGAAAAGGCCAAGGAGUGGCUAGGCAAACCGCGGUCGCCUGAGCGGCAGCCCCUCUUUUCCUCCAUCUCAUCCGGGGACUCGUUCAACCAGGGGUACGGCUCCACGACGGCGGUGCACACCGACUCGGAGGAGGAGGAGGCAUACGCCAGCUCCGACGGCUUCCCCACGCAAGGCUAUGCCGCGCACUACGCCCUGCCCAGCGUCGGCUCGCAGGAGCUGCGUCGUUACCGCGAGCGAGUCUUGUUAUUGGGCACCGUUGGCUGCUUCGGGGCCGCCUUUUUCUUCUUCGGCAUCGCCGGCAUCCUCAUCUCGACAGGCCGGCACAAGCUGCGAGUCGAAGUCGAUGCCGGCGCUACCGUUGGGGCAGUGGUCAGCCUGUUCUGCGCGUGCUCCGGCCUCGGCAUGACUCUUUACAGAGAGGACCACCUGUCUCUGCCGUAUCGCCUGAUGGUGUGGUGCACCUUUGUCGCCACCUGUUUGCUCAACGGCAUGCUACUCAUUCUCGUCCUGGGCAAUGCUCCCUGA